CGAUGUUUCACGGGAUGACAGUCCAGUUGAAGAAGAAGCUGCUGUUGCUGUGAGCUUCCAAAUCUUCCUGUGGUUUUGGGCACAAUGGAUCAGAAAAUUCCUUAUGAAGACUACCAGCUUCCAGUAGUGUUCCUGCCUUCUUAUGAAAACCCACCAGCGUGGAUCCCUCCACAGGAGCGAGUUCAUCACCCCGAUUACAACAAUGAGCUCACCCAGUUCUUACCUCGGACCAUUAUUUUGAAAAAACCACCGGGAGCACAGCUGGGGUUCAACAUCCGUGGGGGAAAAGCCUCACAGUUGGGGAUCUUUAUAUCCAAGGUGGUCCCAGACUCUGAUGCCCACAGAGCAGGCCUACAGGAGGGAGACCAGGUUCUCUGUGUAAAUGAUGUUGACUUCCAAGACAUAGAGCACUCCAGAGCGGUAGAGAUUCUGAAGACUGCAAGAGAAAUUCUAAUGAGGGUGCGCUUCUUUCCCUACAACUACCAAAGGCAGAAGGAGCGGACUGUACACUAGGUGGCAGUGUUGUCAGAAAGCGAGGCGGACAGACGUCAGUGUAUGUCAUACGUCCUCCUCCGUCAGACCUCCAUUGUGCCUGAUUUGCAGGAUGACUGAUGUAUGAGUAACAGACUCAUUCAGUCGCCCAUGUAAGGACAAAAUCUCCUCCUCCAGUUCCUCACACGCCCACCCGAGUGUCCUGUGAUCCACUGCAGUGCACCAGCUUUGGUACUUCAUCAGGGCGGAGACAUAGGAAGAUGUUUUUCUAGUUUAACAUGACUUACAGGAGAAAUUUCAGAAUUGACACAAGGGAUUUACAAAAGCUGCGUAAUAAUAUAGAGUUGUUUUAAUUCAUCUUUACCUGAGCCCUAAUUAAGUGUUUCUACUGUGCAUUUCUUUUAAGUACGUUUUUAUGCUUGUGCAAAGUGUACACAUUUGCCUCUGUAACACUGGUAUGCAUUACAUGCACAUUACUAUGUAUUUAAUUGUCACAAACGUUUACGUAUAACUUGGAUUUCAUGUGCACACUGACACACACACAGUACUGUGCAAAGGUUUUUAAGUACUUCAGUGUUUGUGUAUAAAUUACUCUUAUGUAAGCAAAAUACUAAUUUACAAAUAUUAAUUUUGAAAAAAGAUGAUUUUUCUUUUAUAAAAGUAGCAGACCUUUUCAGAUUAAUGGCAAUCUGAUUGAUUUUUAGGUUUAUAAUCAGGGGUGCACAUAACUGGUAUUCAUCGUGCUUGUGUGUGCUAAAUGUCAUUGAUGCACAGCAGAGAAAAACACUUUUCCUAAAAUUUGUCAUUGCUUUCCUCUGAUGAAGCGUUUCCAUUGUGUUUUCUGCUGCACAUUUAUUUUUAGCACGCACAAGCACAUAAUUACCAGUUAUGUGCAUGCCUGUUUAUAAUGAUGAUGAUAAUUAAUGAUUCAACAUGAUGUCCUUGUUUGUUUAUGGGAUAGUUCACUCAAAAAAAAUUCAGUUUUAUGUCACAUGCGAUAUUUUGUUUAGUCUUUAGUGCUUAGCACUUUUUCAUAUGUUGUUUUUUUUCCCAUCACAUCUUGUGUCUAGGGCAUUUUAAGUCAAAGAUUUUUGUACUGUAUGUUAGAGUUGGAACAAUGAACUAACAGGGAAUAUAUUGUAAAAUCAGCUUUCAGAACAAUUUUUUUUUUACGUGUGGACAAAUUACAGUAGGGUCAGUAAUGCUGUAUGGUGACUGCAGUCAAGUAACCAGUAUUUUAACAAUGUCAGGAGUAAAAAGGUCUUAAGUGUUUUAUAGAUAAUAUGUUUUCCUUACUUAUA